CUCUACUAUAAAUGAUGUGCUGCAUGAACGGGUGUUAUUUUAUGUCUUCAUAUUAGGAAUCUCAAUAUUUAUGCACUCAUUCCCUUGGAAACUUCUUCCAGGUGGUGGCUAAACCUCUUCAGAUAGAUCCUAUUCUGGCCCAUGGACAUAUUUCUCUGAAAGCCACCUAUGGGCAAUGCAGUGACUAUCCCUGUCCACGAGUGGAGGAGCUGUCCCUUGCCCACUGGACGUAUAAGCAGACCUCUGGCUGAUGGAGCGUUCUGGGAGGCUAAGUGCAAAGCAACAGGAGAGUGUGAAGGUGUCAUGAAGGACAACAUGAUAUCAAGAACUCCCUGAUUGGAAGCUGCCAGUGUGGAAAAGAGCCCAAGAUGAUUGUCCUGCUCUGUGUGACGAGUCUUGCCAUCUGUGCAAGUGGACAACCUCGGGCCAAUCAGGCUAAGGGAGAGAACUACUCUCCAAGGUACAUCUGCAGCAUCCCUGGAUUACCUGGACCCCCAGGUCCUCCUGGAGCAAAUGGCUCCCCUGGGCCCCAUGGUCGAAUUGGCCUUCCUGGAAGGGAUGGUAGAGAUGGCAGAAAAGGAGAGAAGGGGGAAAAGGGCACUGCAGGUCUAAAAGGUAAAACUGGACCCCUGGGCCUUGCUGGUGAGAAAGGAGACCAAGGAGAAACUGGGAAGAAAGGACCCAUAGGACCAGAGGGUGAGAAAGGAGAAGUCGGUCCAGCUGGGCCUCCUGGGCCAAAGGGAGACAGAGGAGAUCAAGGGGACCCAGGGCUGCCUGGAGUGUGCAGGUGUGGAAGCAUUGUGCUCAAAUCUGCCUUUUCAGUUGGCAUCACAACCAGCUACCCAGAAGAAAGACUACCCAUCAUAUUUAACAAAGUACUCUUCAAUGAGGGGGAGCAUUACAACCCUGCAACAGGGAAGUUCAUUUGCGCUUUCCCGGGGAUCUAUUACUUUUCUUAUGAUAUCACGUUGGCCAAUAAGCACCUAGCAAUAGGGCUGGUGCACAAUGGGCAGUACCGAAUAAGGACCUUUGAUGCCAACACAGGGAACCAUGAUGUGGCAUCGGGGUCCACAGUCAUCUACCUGCAGCCAGAAGAUGAGGUCUGGCUGGAGAUCUUCUUCAAUGACCAGAAUGGCCUUUUCUCCGAUCCAGGCUGGGCAGACAGCUUGUUUUCUGGGUUUCUCCUCUAUGUCGAUACAGAUUACCUGGAUUCUAUAUCAGAGGACGAUGAGCUGUGAUCCAGACUACUACAGGCCUGAAUGUUGCGAACAUGAGUACCACAGUGGCUGACACUCUACUCUGGUUUGCUAGAAGGUGGAGCAAGUGAUACAGGGAUUCAGAAAACGUUUCUUACAGACGACUCUGGCCGAGUUAUCAAAAUAAGACAAACCACCAACUAGAUGAAAUCACAGCAAAACGAAUGGCAUACAAUAACCUCAGACAUGGACCCCCUAAAGUAAUGAUCCUAAAUAUUGAAGCAAAUUAAAGCAAAUGAUGUUAACAAAUUUGAAUGCCCUUGGCAAUACAACCAGCUGGAAAUGACACUGCCUCAUUAAAUAUUCAUAAAACCCCAGUUUUGUUUGUUAUUUAGGACAGUCAUAACAUUACAGUGAAAUUUGUUGACAAUUCUCAAGAGUCAAAAAAAAGUAAGAGAUGCUAAGAAUUUUCUAACAAAUUAAAUAGUGACAAAUUUCUUUUAUUUAUUCUUUUAUGCUUAUACAUGUUCCAAUAACUCUGUGUGUGUGUGUGUGUGUGUGUGUGUGUGUGUGUGUGUGUGUGUACCAGAAGACAUCAGCUGUCUCUCUUCAGAUGCCAUCCAUCUUGUUCUUUGAGCCAGAGAGUUCACUGAACCUGGAGCUCACUGAUCUGGGUAGCCUGGCUGACUAGUGAGCCCGGAAGCUUCCAGUUCCUAUCUCUCCAGCACAAAGAUUACAAGGGCGUGCCCCCAUGCCUGCCUUGUAUUCAUAUGGGUUCUGAAGGAUCAAGCUCAGGUCCUCAUGCUUAGAAAGCACACACUCUGGACUGUGCUAUCACCCCAGCCGUCCGCAGCUAUCUAAUGAGACUGUGUGGAGCAGACACUGAGUGCUGAACCAGACAGAGAAAGAUGGCAGUAGCCUUAUUUCGAGCAGGCUAGAGUGUGGAGAGCACUUUGACACAGUGGCAUGAGAUGAUCACCAUGGUAAACAGAUCGAUUCUAUGCUAGAGACACGUAGACCGUGACUCCUGCCUGGGGUUGAAAGCCAAAGAUUUCUCACAGAGAAAAAGCACUAAGCAUGCCAAGGUACAAGUGUUUCUAUGGGUCCAACAGUUGCAGAGGAAAGAAGGGUUCACAUUCUGUAGUCUCCUCAUCCCCUCUGACAUGUCAGUGUUAUUUUCAAUUGAGAAGGAAUGAAAGACAGAAAGAGGUAAGUCUGAGAAAGGAACUCAAGGUGGUGAUUGGAGCAAAAUAGUUUUCUAACACAAAUAUGUUUCUUCCAAACAAGGGUGCUACUUAAAUUAUGGGGGGAAAACAUUUCUCACAAAUUUCCCAGAGUUAGAAUGCAGCAAACACACGUCCCAGAUCCAUGAGUAAGCUGGAGUGAAGAUGAACAGGGAGGAACCUGAAUAUCAGGGCAAACUAUUACCUUCCAAGCCUCUCACUUCCUUCAGCCAUUUUUAUUAGAGUUGGCAUCUGCUGCCCACUGUGAUUCCCUAUUUAAUCUCAGCCACCAUGAUUCUGUCUUAAGUAUCACUGCUGUGGUCUGCAGUAAUGUCAUUCUCUUGUCUUUCGUCCUAUAUCUUCUAUGUGUCCUUCUCCUUGUUCACUAAGGAUUUCAGUGCCUGAUAUCCAUGAAACACCAGGCUGGAUCCUGUGAUAAAGAAGGAAAACCAAGAUGAAUGUAGCCUGGUCUAAGCCACCCGACUCCUAAGAAGGCAAGAAAUGAUAUGCAUGCCUACAAACCUAUACACAAGUACCAAUGCUCUGAAAAAGAAAAUGCUAAGUCCCAGGAGGGUGACUGUAUUUAUAGAAUGGGUCCCAAAGUGAGGCACUGCCAUCAUCAGAGGUGACACAAUGAUCACACAGCCUGUGUAUAUGAAGUGCCCACCUUGAGUCCAAUGUAUUACUGUAUUCUGCCUGCUGAACUCUGUCUACUUCUUGCUCUCUGAAUCAAUCCAUAGGCUCAGGGGCCAACAGCAUCAAGAAUAGACAAAAAAAGAAGAAAAGGUGGGUUUGAGAUAUUCACUUAUCUCUAGAUAACAGCCACUGCUAGAAUUCCAGGCUACAAAGCAUAGCAAACAGCCAACAGAAAUACACAAUAAAAUAUAGGCCAUUUGAAACCAGGUGAAUUUCCUAAAGAAACUAUGAAGACUGUCUUGUCCCACAAGAUUGUUGUAUAAUUAAAACUUUCUUCUAACUGUGUUCUUCUAAUGCAAUUUUGAGCAAGGCCUUGUUAAAUAGCUGAAGAUAAGGUUGAGUUCUUGAUUCUCUACUGAACAAGUAUUGGGAUUACAGGCAUGCACAUCUAUGCCCAGGUUCGUGGUGCUGGGGAUCAAAACCAGGGCUUUAUCCGUGCCGGGCUAACAAUCUACCAGCUGAGUCACAGUCCCAUCCUAACAAAGGCAUUUUGUCAACAUCUUGCAAAUGAUUCUUCAUUACAAAAUCCAUUUCCUGUAGUUUUUUUUUUAAUGGAGUUUCUUUCCCUGGUUUUAUGCCCAAGAUGAAUUUGAUUUUAAGUUAUUAGCAGGGUAACGAUGAGGGUCAGACAACUGCUGUGGGAAAUGAAAAGCAGGUUUCAUAUUAAAAUGAUUAAAAAAAAACUUCAGGAAAUGCUUGAAUGUUUGUGUCUUUGAGUCCUUAAAAAGAUCUCAGCCAUCAUUUUUCUACAUCUGUGAAUAUUUUUGUAAAGCGGGAGGAGAUUGGUUUGUUUCUAAAAAUAAUCCAAGUCUCAGUCCUAUCAUUCUUGGUAAGGACUACCUUGUAAUGAAUAUGUAUCAUGUCAUAUUUCUGUAUUAUACACUUCCUUCUUCUAGAAGAUCAUGAGCCCUAAACAGAUACUGGGUCUACCAGCAACUGACCUUGGACAAACUAGUCUUCAAAUAAAAUACAUAUGAGUGAUUUAUUGAAACCUAGUCUGGGUAUUUUGUCAUAAAGGCCAAGUUUCACUAAGACAAUCUUGACUGUAAUUAUGCCCUAGUUUUACAAGUAGAGAAUCAGGGGGACAGAAAGGAUAAAACAUGUAUGAAGUAAAUCCUAAGUGCACAGUAGU